UAAGACAUCCGGCGCCAUAGACCGCGGUGAGCCCCGGCGCCGGAGGAGUGGGAGAAGCUCGCGAGAUCUCUGCAGUUGCCACGGAGACGACGACGAGGGGGAGGAAGAGAGGUGAUGUCGUGAAAGAAAAGAGGUCGGGAGCACUCGCGAGAUCUCAGACCAACGGACUCGAAAGGUUCUUGGGAAGUUGACGAGCCCUGAAGAGGCCCCGGGGCAAAUGGCCGGAGCUGGACCAACCAUGCUGCUACGAGAGGAGAAUGGCUGUUGCAGCCGGCGUCAAAGCAGCUCCAGCGCCGGGGACUCGGACGGGGAGCGCGAGGACUCGCCGGCCGCGCGGGCCCGGCAGCAGCUGGAGGCGCUGCUCAACAAGACGAUGCGCAUUCGCAUGACAGAUGGACGGACCCUGGUCGGCUGCUUCCUCUGCACCGACCGCGACUGCAAUGUCAUCCUGGGCUCGGCGCAGGAGUUCCUCAAGCCGUCGGACUCCUUCUCUGCGGGGGAGCCCCGUGUACUGGGCCUGGCCAUGGUACCCGGCCACCACAUCGUUUCUAUUGAAGUGCAGCGGGAGAGCCUGGCGGGGCCUCCCUAUCUCUGACCGCGGCCGCGCGUGCUCGGCAGACCAUUAAACCUGCAACGAAGU